AUGAUUCUGAACGAGCUAUCAUUCAAAAGCAAAGAAAAUGCUGCAGAUAUUGAGGAGUGCUUAGCAGGAGCGGAGAUGAACCGCAAGCAAAGACGCCAGAUAUCAUCUAUCACCAAGGGAGAGGCUUUUCGAGGUUGGCUCGGGGAACAAUCCGGGUCGUCCACCCUUAUCGUCUACGGCAACAUGGAGAUCGAUGCUUGCAUAAGCCCCAUUUCAUUUUUGACCUCAACGAUAGGUAAAUAUUGCAAAGAGAGAGGUUUUAUUGUACUCAGCUAUUUUUGUGGGCUACACGGUGAAUCUGACUCCUAUGAUAUUCUGCGAACCAUGAUCGGCCAGCUCUUGUCGCAGGCAGAGCUCAUGGUCGGAAGUUCCCUUACUAUAUCACGAAAUGAGUUCAAGGGUAUCAAAAGACGGAGUCUUCGCACAUUGAACAGUCUCUUCGCGGGCUUGAUUGAACAACUGUCUUCACAUCGAAUCAGAGUAGUUUGUCUCAUCAAUACGAUAUCUACCUUUGAAACGUCGGAGAAGGUCCGGGAGACUAAAAGCAUUCUAUCAUCACUUUGUCGUGUUGCUCGGUCUUUGCAUGCAGGCAAGCGGGGUCACAGUAGAAGCGAAAUGAUCUUGAAGCUUCUCAUCAGUGAUGGACAAACAAGCGGGAUUGCACACAGAUAUGUCAAAGAAGAUGAGAUUAUUGAGAUCUUGGAGGAUGCCGAAGAAGCAAGUGACGACGAAUUGGGGAUUGCAUCAGAGGAUAUUGAUGAGGCUACUGGUAGCUCUAUCUCUUCCGACGAAGAUGAUUAG